CCAUUCCGGGAUUGGAAGCGGGCGCUUUGUUGUCUCGGGAGGGGGCCGGUGAGCAUGGACUACUCGUACGCUGGGAUGCUCUUAUCUGCUGCGAGUUCCCUCGGCUUCUUGUGGACACUUGAGCGAGCAGCUCGGAAGGAUUGACAUAAACGAAGUGCAGCAGUAGCUGUGCAUUUGGAAGCUGCCCGCACGCAGGUGCCUCUCCACGCCCAUGACAGCUUGAGACGUCCUUUGAUCCGAGCUCUGCUUUCAGUCUUGAGCAUUGCCCUCACCGCCACAGCAGCACCAAGCUCCCAUCGACAUAUCAACCUUGCCUCCCGUCUAUCACCCAUCCCCUCCCCAAGUUCCAACCUCAACUUCUACCCCAAAGCUACCGCAACACAUCUUUGGUGUCUCCCGACCAUGAGUCCGUCUCGGGCAAACUCGGCGUCUUCGCCGUCGCCCUCUACUUUCCGCAUCUUCACCCGGCACCCCCGCCUCACCCUCGCCGGGCUGGCCAUCCUCGGCACCGGCUUGGGCUUCCGCCGCAUCUCGAGCUCGAUCCGCGAGAACGAGCUGGCGCAGAAGAACUCGGAAGCACAGAACUUCUACGUUAGCGUCGAGCGCAGUGGCGGCGGGGUCUAGACGUCUGCACGACUGGUGUCUCUUGCUGUACAGAAUCUCUUCUUGGAUGAUGACAUUAGGGAGGAAUGGCGAAUUAAUGGGUACUCGCUGUGCAUGGCUAUCGGGAUGCAAUGACUGGGGAUGAUAGCACACCCUGGUAAGGAGACAUGUGUAUGUUUGCUCGAAACUACCUUACGUUUGGGAUUAAUGGUCGCAACGAGAGGAUGGAAGGGUGGUUAUCGUGAAAUCCCUCCUCCGUGUUGGACAUGCUGUUGUACCGUACCUUGGACCAUCCGGAAGCCGACUCGUUCGGAGACUCUGCUAUCUUUCGGAGGAGCUCUGACUCGAAGCAUCAAGCAUUCGUCAAGUGGCUAGGUACCAUGAAGAUCACUUUGCGUCAUCGUUUGCAGGGGCCGC